AUGAGUAACACCGAUUUCCUCGGUCGAGCCAUCGAUACCGUCAAAAAAGCCAUCGAACACGACAAUGCCGGCGAAUACGAAAAGGCUUAUCAAGGCUACUACGCCGCGUUAGAGCUGUUCAUGCUCGCCCUCAAGUGGGAAAAGAACCCAAAAUCAAAGGAAAUGAUUCGAGCCAAGACAGGGGAAUAUAUGGACCGCGCAGAGAAGCUGAAGAAUCAUUUGGCGAAUGCAGAUAACAAGAAGAAACCGAGUGCGGUGGGCGCGAAUGGGAAAGUAGCGAAUGGGAGUGGGAAGGGGAAAGAAGACGAAGAUGGCGAAGAUGCAGAGGCCAAAAAGUUACGAGGCGCGUUACAAGGAGCCAUUCUUUCCGAAAAACCCAACGUGCGAUGGGAAGAUGUCGCCGGCCUGGAGAAUGCAAAAGAAGCGUUAAAGGAGGCCGUUAUAUUACCGAUAAAGUUCCCUCAUUUAUUCACGGGCAAGCGGCAGCCGUGGAAAGGUAUAUUGCUGUAUGGACCUCCUGGAACGGGAAAGUCGUAUCUUGCAAAGGCUGUUGCGACGGAGGCAAACAGUACAUUUUUCAGCGUUAGUAGUAGUGAUUUGGUUUCGAAAUGGAUGGGUGAGAGUGAAAGACUCGUCAAGCAAUUAUUCAAUAUGGCCCGAGAGAAUAAACCGGCUAUCAUCUUCAUCGACGAAGUUGACGCUCUGUGUGGGCCGCGUGGAGAAGGCGAAUCCGAAGCAUCUCGACGUAUCAAGACCGAACUCCUCGUGCAAAUGGACGGUGUCGGCAAGGAUUCAAGAGGCGUUUUGAUCUUGGGUGCUACAAACAUCCCUUGGCAGUUGGAUGCUGCUAUUCGACGACGAUUCCAGCGAAGAAUUCACAUCAGUUUGCCGGAUAUCAAUGCACGAAUGAAAAUGUUCAUGCUGGCCGUGGGCUCCACGCCGUGUCAGUUGACGCAGGCCGAUUACAGGCAUUUGGCCGAGAUUAGUGCAGAGUAUUCCGGUAGUGAUAUUAGCAUAGCGGUGCAGGAUGCGUUGAUGCAGCCCAUUCGGAAGAUUCAGACUGCUACACAUUACAAAAAGGUCCUCGUCGACGGCGAAGAGAAGCUCACCCCCUGCUCACCUGGUGACAACGGCGCAAUGGAAAUGAACUGGAUGGAAGUCGAAUCCGAAAAACUCCUGGAGCCACCACUUGUAUUGAAAGAUUUUAUCAAAGCUAUUCGAAAUUCACGACCGACUGUUAGCAGAGAGGACUUGGAGCGGAAUGCCGAGUGGACGCAGCAGUUUGGUAGUGAAGGUUCAUGA